CGCUCGUCAUUCAAACAUCGACUUGCCCGCCACACCAAACAGCCGCUCAGCUCACGAACCCAAUGGCCAAAUCCAAGCCUGCGCCCACAGCAUCUGUGGCCCCGCACAUAUUCAAACGUCGGGGCGUCAUUGUCUCGAUCUCGGCCAUCGUCAUCAUCGCGGUGGGCGCAUUUACAGGCGCGAUGAUGAAAACCGACGUCCAAAAGACCGCCAUGGUGCGACAGGUGCAGACCGAGAACCUCGAGGAGAGACUUGACCGGUUGAAGGGCUACCGGGCGAUAUUGGAGCGCCAGAAGUCGGGGCUCGAGGGGAAGAUUUCCGUGCUGCAGGAGAAGCGGGCGGAGGAGAAUACGUAGUGGUAGUGGUAGUGGUAGCUGGGGGAAUCAUUUCAUUCAUCAUACUGUACAAU